AUGUCAUCCCAUUCAAAUAGCUCUCGACUCAACCACCACAAUGCAAGCAGCUCAACCCCAAUGACACCCAUUCAGAAUGUACCUCUUGACAUGGCUGCUGCAGAUCCGCGCUUUGCCGCCCAAUUCAUUCCAUCUCGUCAUGCACCCGAACCACCCCAUCGACGCUCACCACACUCUUCCAACCCAUCAUUGCCCCGAGUGGAUUCAUCCCUUGGUCACCCUGUGCGGCAUGUUCCUACUACAUUGGUGGAUGAUCAUCAUCAUCAUCAAGCUGUCAAGAAAGCCAAUCCACACCAUGGGAGCAACAAGUCAGGCUUUGGAUUCCUUAAAAAGUUACGAGCCAAGCCAGUGGAUGACAGCGAUGACAUGACGAUCAAACGCACAAGAUCAAUUCAGCACCAACAACAGCACACAGUACCUAUCAGCCAUCCAACACCACGCAACCUUCAUAAUAUCCCAUUGGCACCACCAGCAACACAAUCAUCAGCUAAUGCACCUUCCAUUGAAGUGGUUGGAAAGCGUACCUAUCGUCGACCUGAAUUACGUUCGGGGAUACAAGAGUCAGACGAUUUACUUUCAAGUAUUCCUGAUGAGCUACGAUCUCGCCCUUCAACAUCAUUACAUACACCUCCACAGCCACCCAAUGUCCAUAAUACAAAUCAACAAUCGCCAAAUAUUACAAAUACUACUACUACAACUACAACUACUUCUAAUUUCAGCCCUAAUACUACUACCGCUAAUGCCUACCCCAUUCGUAACACACCACGUCGCCUGACACCAUCACCAUCAUCACCCACACUCAAUGCCAGCCAUAGCGAUUCGGCAUCUAUACAUAGCACCAACCAAGAACGACACAAAACAAGUACUGAUACGAGCGACAAUGAUGAUGAUGCUCCCCUUCAACAUGGCACACAACGAUUCUCAAGUUGGUCAAAUGCAUCCACUGGCAAAUCUUCAGGCAGCUUUUCAUUAUACAGCACAUUCGGACCAGAAGCAAGUGACAGCACUCUUGAUUUGGAUCAACCUCUUCCAGAAUUACCUAUCGGCAAUCGAUCACCAUCACCACCUUCAUCAUCAUCCAUGGAUAAAAAGGAAGACCAACACCAUCAUCAACAACAAGCAGCAAAAGACAAUGAUGAUGACGAUAAUGACGAUGAUUCGGAUAGCGACGAUGAUGAUUUAUUUGUGGAUGCCACUGGAAUGUCUCAAGAGGAUAUGGAACGUGAAAAGAGGACGAGUAGCAGCAGCAGUAGCAAGAACCGACUCUCCAAGCGGCUUAGUGGUGGUCAUUUUGGAAGUGCUGGUGGAUUGAUGCUAAGCACAGCUGCCAAUAGAAACAGCACGCAAGAAUUGGCUGAAUUGAUGAUGAAUUGGAGACGUGAAUCAAUCGACAUUUCAUUACCUGCAGCUGCCACUCUCAGUAAUAAUAGACCACCUUCGAUUGCCAGAACCAAUACGCCAUCGUUAACAUUGUCGUCUGGUAAUAUUCCACCGAUCCCAGUGGCUGCCUUAUCACCGCCUCCACGAAGAAAACGAUCCUUGCAUCAAUUACAACAACAACCACCACCACCAUCAUCAUCUUUACCGCCACCACCUCCACCUCCUCCACAAAUGCCACUUCCACCCGCUUUUACAUCAAGUGCACUUCCAGAUCCUCCUCCACCUAAACAAUCACCACCACCACUUCCUCAAUCUUCGGCAUCAGCACCAACAAUGACUCGAUCCGUGGAUAAGGAAACAACACAUGAAGGAGAGGCACGAUUCGCUGCACAACACAUCUGGCAAGGUGAUGAGUCAUUUAUCGUCAAGGAGCGUGCAGCAGAAUGGCUAGGCCAAGGGAAAUCACUCAAUGGAAAGGCCCUGGAGUAUUACAUGGAUUAUUUUGACUUCUCCGAUAUGCGUAUGGAUUCAGCUUUCAGAAAGCUUUGCAGCAAGCUGUAUUUUAAGGCCGAAGCCCAGCAAAUUGACCGUAUCCUCCAAGUCUUUGCACAACGCUAUUGGAAAUGUAAUCCGGAGAGCAUUUUUGGGAAUCCAGAUAUUGUUUAUGCGGUGGCGUACUCUUUGUUGUUGCUCAACACUGAUUUGCAUGUUGCACAAGGAAAUCACACACGCAUGAACCGCGUAGCAUUUGUACGCAAUACAAUGUCCACCAUCCAGGAACAGUUACACAACAUGCCCAUCGAACGUAAACAUGGCAGUGCUCUUUAUUCCAAGACAUGGGAAAGUGAUUUAGAAAUCUACUUGAAGGAAUUGUAUACAUCUGUCAAGCAUAAUCAAAUCCUUCAACCACUUUCGAGUCAGCAAUUACAUGUUGGAGGUGAUCAAAAACGUAGCAGCAGUAUCCUUGGUAGUGGAGGUCGACGUGUGGUUGAUUUCAAACGAAGCGUCAACUCCAUGGUGCGUAAGAGUGGACGCGAGAGCACCUUGUUUUCAGACGACCUUGUUAUCAAUCCCAUGACAUCCCCCUUGAGCUCUCCCAAACGUGGUUCAUUUGCUUCAUCCACAUCGGCAACAUCCAGCAUGAUGCAUCACACCGUGGCUACCAAUAUUACAACACCAUCACUAUCACCCACAAGCAGCCAGCAAACAUUUGCAUCCAGUGACCAUCAUCAUCAUCACCCAGCACAACCCCCCUAUUAUAAGGAAGGUGUCGUGAUACGAAAGCAUUUAUUGGAAACCAGUGGGCAAAAAUCCAAACACAGAGAAUGGAAGGAAUGUUUUGUUGUCGUUGGCCAAGGCGAGCUCAAAAUGUAUGCUUCUCAAGGCAACAGUGGAGGUAGUGGUGGUACCACCAGCAGCAACAACAACAACAACAAUAGUGGUGGUGGUAGCAAUCAUGGUGAAGAGCGCAAGAGUUUGCUUCGAGCUAGUAGCAUCAAUAAUUUUGCAGCAUUGGCCGAGUCAUUAAGUAGUAGCAGUAACCGAUCCUCUAUUAUGGCGGGAACGUCUACAAUGCAAUUGCUGGGAACAAUCAAGCUGAACCAUUCACUUGCCAACGUGCUCCCUCCACCGGGUUACAACCGUCAACGACCGCACGUGUUUGCAGUUCAGCAACCGCAUGGCGGUGUCUAUUUGUUUCAGGCCCCAAGCCAUGAGCAGGUGAACGAAUGGGUGGCCACAUGCAAUUAUUGGGCUGCUCGACAAAGCAAGGAACCUCUUGCAGGUGGUGUUAGCAAUAUGGAAUAUGGAUGGGGAUCAUGUUUGGAUGAUGUGAUUCUUGACUUGGAUGCCUCAGUGGAUGUCAAUACGGGACAAUCAUUCGAUGACCCUGAUUCGAUCAAUAUCUAUGAAUGGAGACCACCCAUGCCACCCUCUGUAUCAAGCACAUUGGAUGAAUUGGAUCAGUUGGAUGCCCUGCGAAAACAUCUUGGUACCCUCAGCAAUGAUAUCAAUGAGCAUCGUGAUCUUAAACGUAAAAUGGUUAUCAAGUUUUCAUCCAAGAGUCAAAAUUAUACCAAGGUCAUGAGUAAUUGGGAAUCCAAAUCAACCUACUUGCUUCAUGAGAUCAUAAAGUAUCAGAAUUAUUGUGAUGCCUUGGAGAAAUGCAUCAAGCAACAUCAACAAAUGGAGGAACCACCGCUACUACCACCACCACAAGAAUACCGACAAUCGAUUGUGAUGGCACCUUCACUCCCUAUGCAUUUGGAAUACGAAGAGUCUGAAAUGGAUUUAUUUAGUGAAAUCGGCAAGGAACUAGCUCAAUUAUCAACAUCAGACAAUAAAGGCAAGGUAUAA